CCGGGAUAAACAAGGACGUGAGUUAAAUAAUCACCCUUCGUUUGUAAGUGCCGGUUCUUGUGUCCGUUACUGAGAAACGUUAUGUGUUUUACAGUUUUUGGAGCACAGUACAGCUUUUAGAGGCUUUAUUUUAACAUACAAACUGUUAGUUAGCGUCACUUGACUUUAUGGCGGCUGCGGCUCAUGUCUCCAAAGUCCGGUCAUUGUACAAGAGGAUCCUGGUCCUGCACCGGUUCCUGCCGAUAGAUUUAAGAGCCCUCGGAGACCAGUAUGUGAAAGACGAGUUCAGGAGACAUAAAAGCGCAUCGGCCGAGGAGGUGAAGAACUUCAUGACAGAGUGGGAGAAUUAUAAGGACACCCUGCAGGUUCAGAUACUGGAGGCAACGGAGGACCAGCGCAGCUCAGUCAAGUUUGGGGCCAACCUGUCCGAGGGAAAACUCAACAACUUUGGGGACGACCAGAUAGGUCAACUGUACGAACUCAUGCUGGAAUCCACCAAAUCCACUAGACAGUUUGACAUCCAGGAGGACAGCAAGUGAAGGAGCAGGCCAUGAAAAUGUGCCCGGACAAAUAAAAAAGACAAAGUGCUAUGAUGAAUCCCAACCGAUAAUAUAUUACCUCUGAGUGCUUCAGUUUAAAAGUGGUACUCAAACACAGAAAAGAGAUGUAUGACGCAGCAAAUUAUUAUGAUCAAAUAUUCUUAAAAGCCUGUGUUCCUGUGCUUGUCUCUUUAACUGUGACAAUAAAAAGAGGUUCCUCAUACUCCUCCACAGGGGCAUUAAGGUGGCACUAAUUGGUUUCUUUGUUGACUUUUUUUUUUUGCAUGAAUACAAUUGUGAGUUAAUGGUCGUGAAGGAAAGGCGCCGAGAUGUGUCUCCUCGGCAGAUGCACCCAGAGCUCACAUCAGCAAUGCUUCUUUCAGCCUCAGUGAUGAUAAUGCCAUUGUUGGGGUGAUGCUCUCAUUAUCCAUGUGGAAAUACGGGCACUUAAAUCCACAUCAGACACAAAAGCCAUGAGCUGCGUGUGACGGGGGAGAGAUGGGGAUGUUUGGGCUGUUAAAGUCAACUCAUGGUUGUCGAUGCUCCGACACAGCAAAGACAUCAUAGUGAUUUCUCAGGAAAUAAAUAAUUAUCAGUCAUGCACGAGGGCUACCAGGAGUAUUUGUCUUUUAUCUCUUCUAAAUAUAAUUUUGCUUGAACCUCUACCUCCCACUCUCUCCUCUGCUCUGCAG